CUCUCACAUCCGAGGUCAUGGUUACACAACCUCUGGGGUUGCAUUGGCUGCCGCCAGGACUUCAUCUACGUUGAGCGGCGUGGCUCACACUUCUUCUGGCAUGCCUUUCCUAGGUAUUAAUGUGACCAUCGUUUUGGGACGAAAGAUCGGCAGAGUUCUAUAGAUGGGAAUUUGUUCACCUCCUCGUUGUCGGCAGCCCAAGUGGCCAUCCCCAGCCGUCGCACCGGCGCUCAUCAGGGCUCCAAGAACAGGAGGAUGGUAUCAACACUGUGACUUUCUCUCCAGUAUCUCGGGCAUCAUCAACCUUCACCAGCGCAUAUCGCAGCCCCGAGAUCUGUCCCUAUGCGUAACUUUACGCUCGCCAACGCACGGAAAUUCAGACACGUGGUGACUUGUCUUGCUCACUUGAACCGUUCAACGAAUGGGAGAUUACCUGCUGUAACUCCAUUACAAGUGCGAAGUUUUCGGCAAAUCGGAUCCAAAGCGCUGAACGGAGGCCAGAGCGUGGACUGGGAGAGUUGUGAGAAUUUGCGUUGACUUGGGCCUAUAUAACCCUUUCGUCCUCCCCGGGCUCUUGGACUGCGAAGUCCCACACCAACUGGCUUUAUUGUCUUCAACAAAACCCUUCAUGCCGUCGAUGGCUCGAUCACUUCUGUUUUUGGUGCUUGCUGCAUCAUCACUCGUUGGUGCGACUGAAAAAGAUGCUGUCCACAAGCUGCAGCAGACAGGUAAAGCUAACCUCGAGCUACGGCUUGCCAAGUCCUCAACAUGCACCAAAGAGAACCUUCAGAUUCGACGUGAAUGGGGCGACAUCUCAAAGGCCGAGCGUAGAGAGUACAUCGCUGCUAUGCUGUGCUUGAUGUCUAAACCUUCUCAACUGGACCAGACGGAGUAUCCUGGAGCCAAAACACGCUAUGAUGACUUCGUCGCUGUUCAUAUGAAUCAGACAACGACCAUUCAUGGGACUGGAAGCUUCCUUGCAUGGCAUCGCUAUUUCACCUGGUCCUUCGAAAGAGUUCUCCGGGAAGAGUGUGGUUACACUGGAUCACAGCCGUACUGGAACUGGGGCAAAUGGGCAUCCGAUCCGGUGAAGUCUCCUCUCUUCGACGGCAGCGACACUAGCUUGAGCGGCAACGGUCUCAAAGUUGAUCAUGAAGAUACCGACUACUACCCAGCUGGACCCGGAGGAGGGUGUAUUUACUCUGGUCCAUUCGUCAAUAUGACCGUCCGCCUAGGCCCUCUCUCCCCAAUACUCAAACCUGCUCCCGCUGCCAACCCCCUCCCCAACGGUAUGGGCGACAACCCGCGCUGUGUUCGCCGCGACAUCACCAACUAUCUUUCCUCGCGCUAUACCCGCACCGAAGACAUGGUGACCCUGAUCGCCGACUCCCCCGACAUACUCGCCUUUCAAGACCGCCUGCAGGCUGUGACAGCGCGGCCCUGGGAAGUCGAGGGCACUUACAACCCAGCCGAACACAACGGGAUGCCGCUCAUGGGCAUCCAUGCUAGCGGACAUCACACCAUUGGCGGCGACCCAGGAGGCGAUUUUUACACCAGUCCUAAUGAUCCGGCGUUUUUUAAUCACCAUGCGGGCAUUGAUCGAACUUGGGCUAUCUGGCAGUGGCUGGACUUGGAGAACCGGACUGAGCAGAUUGCUGGUGGCACGGCCAUGUUUGAUCCAGUGAACAGUCCAAGGCAGACGUUGGAUGAUAUCGUGGAUCUGGGAGUGGUUGGAGAUCAGGUUUGGAGGAUUAGGGACUUGGUCAGUACCGUUGAUGGGCAGUUUUGUUAUACUUAUGAGUAGAUGGCGAGGAGUGGGCGGUGAUUUUGGUGUUGUGUGGUUUGGUGAAAAGAAGGUGCGAUGGAGAAGUCACAAGGGACGGUAGCCUCCGCCUUGUUUCUUUCUAUCUUGAACACCGCAAUCUGUAAUAAAAUGAUGGAAUAGCUGCGAGGUUUUCUUCCCCUUAUACGGCUUCAUCACUCAUCUACACUUGGAUAUCGAAGAACAUCGCGUUAUCGCUUGAUUGCGC